CUCCUAAACUCCAAUAUAAAUACUUGCCCCAAUUCUGUAGCGCUCGAUUAAGGGGUUGAAUGGCUUGCAUUUUCUGCGCGCUUCGCUCUGCAAAAAAAGCUAUAAUUCUCUGAAUUUAGCUAUCUUUUCUAGGCUUUUCAUCCUUAAGUCUUCAGUCGUUUGCUUUGUUUUCUGGUUUAUCAAUGGCGGAUGUUCAGAUGGCUGGUGGUGAGGCAGAGACUUUUGCUUUCCAGGCUGAGAUCAACCAGCUUCUCAGCCUCAUCAUCAACACCUUUUACAGUAAUAAGGAGAUUUUCCUUCGAGAACUGAUCAGCAACUCAUCUGAUGCUUUGGACAAAAUCCGGUUUGAGAGUCUCACAGACAAGAGCAAGCUCGAUGCUCAGCCAGAACUCUUCAUUAGGCUCGUUCCUGACAAGGUGAACAAGACCUUGAGCAUAAUUGACAGCGGAAUUGGCAUGACCAAGGCUGAUUUGGUGAACAACCUUGGUACCAUUGCAAGGUCUGGAACCAAGGAAUUCAUGGAGGCUUUGCAAGCGGGUGCUGAUGUUAGUAUGAUUGGUCAAUUUGGUGUGGGUUUCUACUCUGCAUAUUUGGUUGCAGAGAAGGUUAUUGUGACCACAAAGCACAACGAUGAUGAGCAGUAUGUUUGGGAGUCACAGGCUGGUGGCUCCUUCACAGUGACAAGGGAUGUUAAUGGAGAGCCAUUGGGCAGGGGCACCAAGAUUACCCUCUUCUUGAAGGAGGAUCAGCAAGAUUACCUUGAAGAGAGGAGGCUCAAGGACUUGGUCAAGAAGCACUCUGAAUUCAUUAGCUACCCCAUCUACCUCUGGACUGAGAAGACCACUGAGAAAGAAGUCAGUGAUGAUGAGGAUGAGGAAGUGGACAAGGAGAAGAAGGAAGGGGAUGUUGAGGAGGUCGAAGAUGACGAGGGUAAGGAUAAGAAAAAGAAGAAGAAGAUGAAGGAAGUGAGCCAUGAAUGGACUCUGGUUAACAAGCAGAAACCCAUCUGGAUGAGAAAGCCAGAGGAGAUCACCAAGGAGGAGUAUGCUUCUUUCUACAAAUCGUUGACCAAUGACUGGGAAGAUCACCUUGCUCUUAAGCACUUCUCUGUGGAGGGCCAACUUGAGUUCAAGGCCAUCCUCUUCCUUCCAAAGAGAGCUCCUUUCGACCUCUUCGAUACUCGAAAGAAGAUGAACAACAUCAAGCUCUAUGUGCGCAGGGUGUUCAUCAUGGACAACUGUGAGGAGCUCAUCCCUGAGUAUCUAGGAUUUGUGAAGGGAGUGGUCGACUCAGACGACUUACCCCUUAACAUCUCUAGAGAGAUGCUGCAGCAAAACAAGAUCCUUAAGGUUAUUCGAAAGAACCUUGUGAAGAAGUGCAUUGAAAUGUUCUUUGAGAUUGCAGAGAACAAAGAGGAUUACAACAAAUUCUAUGAAGCCUUCUCUAAGAACAUUAAGCUAGGUAUCCAUGAGGAUUCUCAGAACAGGGCCAAGCUAGCUGACCUCCUCAGGUACCACUCGACCAAGAGUGGAGAUGAGAUGACAAGUCUGAAAGACUAUGUGACCAGAAUGAAAGAGGGGCAGAAAGAUAUUUAUUACAUAACUGGUGAGAGCAAGAAGGCAGUGGAGAACUCCCCAUUCCUGGAGAGAUUGAAGAGGAAGGGGUAUGAGGUCUUGUUUAUGGUUGAUGUGAUCGAUGAAUAUGCGGUUGGUCAGUUGAAGGAAUACGAUGGCAAGAAGCUGGUUUCAGCAACCAAGGAGGGGCUGAAACUUGAGGAAACAGAGGAGGAGAAGAAAAGGAAGGAAGAGAAGAAGGCUGCUUUCGAGGGGCUCUGCAAGACCAUGAAGGAGAUUCUGGGAGACAGAGUUGAGAAGGUUGUGGUUUCAGAUCGCAUUGUCGAUUCACCUUGCUGCCUGGUGACUGGUGAGUAUGGAUGGACUGCGAACAUGGAGCGGAUUAUGAAGGCACAAGCAUUGAGGGAUAGCAGCAUGUCAAGCUACAUGUCGAGCAAGAAGACCAUGGAAAUUAACCCGGAGAACCCAAUAAUGGAGGAGCUGAGAAAGAGGGCUGAGGCUGAUAAGAAUGACAAGUCUGUGAAGGAUUUGGUGUUGCUUCUCUUUGAGACUGCAUUGCUGACAUCUGGGUUCAGUUUGGACGAUCCCAACACUUUUUCAGGAAGAAUUCACAGGAUGCUGAAGUUAGGUCUGAGCAUUGAUGAGGAAGAGGUUGCGGAGGAUGCUGAAAUGCCUCCACUCGAGGAAGACGGCAAUGAGGAGAGCAAGAUGGAAGAAGUUGAUUAAGCAAUUGAGCAAUUGGCGCCUGGCAUCUCUCUCUCUCUUUCAUAGUUUUGUUCUCUCUUUCGUUUUGCCUGCUGAGGACGACUUUUUCCCUGUUCUUCCUGAGGGGAUCAUGGAUAAUAUGAGUUUUUAAUAUGCGUCAGUUUUGUGGACAGUGGCAUGUGGUGAUGUCUGUUUAGUUUUUGGUUUUUUUGAUCUGGUGCGUUCCACUGGUGGUGCGUUCUCUACAGAAUGUAAUAUGUGAUGAAUCCGUGGAAAGGUUAAUUUCUACUUUGCCGGAAACGGGUGUUGAUUCUCUCU